GAUACAGAAGAGCGGGGACACCAAACUGUCAGGCAGCGGUGGCUCGGCUGGGUAGGAUAAACCUGAUUUUCUGCUCUGAUUGACACUGGAAACAAGUCCGGUGAGAGCCUAGCUGUAGCAAGAUGGGAUCUGCCUCCUCGACUUACCGGCCCAAAUGUAUUUAUUUGGACAUUGAUGGAAGAAUUCAAAAGGUGAUCUUCAGUAAAUACUGCAAUUCCAAAGAUAUUAUGGACCUUUUCUGCAUUGCAACAGGGUUACCGAGGAACACAACCAUCUCCCUUUUGACAGCAGACAACUGCAUGGUGUCCAUUGAUCCCACGAUGCCUGCAAACACAGAGAGGUCUCCAUACAAAGUGAUCCCAGUUGUGACUGAGCAACUCUCAGAGAAAGAAGAAUUGUUCCAGAAUUUAUUGGGACAGAUUGCCGAGCAGUUCUCAAGGGUUUUUAAAAUCAAUGAGCUGAAAACGGAAGUAGCUAAUCACUUGGCAAUGCUGGAGAAAAAGGUUGAAUUGGAAGGCCUGAAAGUGGUGGAGAUUGAGAAAUGCAAGCGCGACAUUAAAAAGAUGAGGGAGGAGAUGGCAGCAAGAAGCAGCAGGACUAACUGUCCCUGCAAGUACAGCUUUUUGGAUGAAAACAAGAGGCCAGCUCCCCGGCGGGAUGUACCAUCCUACCCAAAGUACAUGCUGUCCCAGGAGACCAUCGAGGCUCUGCGGAAACCAACCUUUGAUGUCUGGCUGUGGGAGCCCAACGAGAUGCUGAGCUGUUUGGAGCACAUGUACCACGACCUUGGGCUGGUAAAAGACUUCAACAUCAAUCCCAUCACGUUGAAGAGGUGGUUGCUGUGUAUUCACGACAAUUACAGAAACAACCCCUUCCACAAUUUCCGGCACUGCUUCUGCGUGACCCAGAUGAUGUACAGCAUGAUCUCACUCUGCAACCUCCAGGAGAAAUUUUCCCAAAUUGACAUUUUGAUUCUCAUGACUGCAGCAGUGUGCCAUGACUUGGACCAUCCAGGCUAUAACAAUACCUACCAGAUCAACGCGCGGACGGAGCUGGCCGUGCGCUACAACGACAUCUCCCCGCUGGAGAACCACCACUGCGCCGUGGCCUUCCAGAUCAUCUCCCAGCCUGAAUUCAACAUUUUCUCCAACGUGGACCAGGACCAGUUCAAACAGAUAAGACAGGGGAUAAUUACGUUAAUCCUGGCUACAGACAUGGCGAGACAUGCAGAAAUACUGGACUCUUUCAAGGAAAAAAUGGAAAACUUUGAUUACACAAAUGAAGAACACAUGACCUGUCUGAAGAUGGUGCUGAUAAAAUGCUGUGACAUCUCCAAUGAAGUCCGCCCGAUGGAAGUAGCAGAGCCCUGGGUAGAUUGCUUACUGGAGGAGUAUUUUAUGCAGAGUGACCGUGAAAAAUCCGAGGGGCUCCCAGUGGCACCGUUCAUGGACCGCGACAAAGUGACCAAACCGACGGCACAGAUCGGAUUCCUCAAGUUCGUCCUCAUCCCCAUGUUCGAAACAGUGACCAAGCUAUUUCCAGAAGUGGAGGAGGUGAUGCUCCAGCCUCUGUGGGAAUCCAGGGACCACUAUGAGGGGUUAAAACAGAUAGAUGAUGCUAUGAAAGAGCUGCAGAAACAGAAAAGUGAAGGUUUGACGACCGGCAGUUCUGAAAAGUGAGACGAAACAGCCUUUGAACAAAUGAACCACAAGCCUUGAGGCUGCUCUGGUUUAAGAACUGCUGUACUAGCCAAGCAGAGGUGGUGGCUACGUCAAAAUCCAAGUGGGACCAUAGAGGGAGAGGUGGCAGGGAUGGAUCCACAGCCUGCAGCCUCCUCACACAGGCGCUGCUGCCGUCGGACACCAUGGGCUCCCCAGACUCUGGCAUUCCCUCCACAGCCUCCUGGAAGGAUUUCCCAGACUCCUGAAUUCUCACCACAGCCUCCUGGCAGGGUUCCCCGGGCUCCAGCAUUCCCACAACAGCCUCCCAGCGGGAUUCUCCCUGCGGACACUGCCCAGGCUGCAGCACGGCUCCGACCUUCAGCGGAUCUGCUUUUGGUGACCCCCGCUGCCCGCAGUCUGUAGAGACAAAUCAGAGUUUAGCUAAGGAGCCUUUUCUGGGAAACAAUACCCUGGCACCAGGAGCUGUUUUAGUCCAGAUACUCUCUACAUGUGUACAGCAGUAUGCUAAUCACAGCAUAGCUCACCAGAUGCUUAUACACUGACAGGGGUCCUGGCAGACAUUUUUGUUUGCCUGGUAGGCCCUAAUGACACAUUUCUUCUCAUUAUUCUCUGAAUUUUAUAGUGUUCACAGUACAUUCAGAAGCCCAGCAUAGUGGAUGCAACUUUCUUUUUUUUUUUUUUUUUUCUACACUAGAAGAAAUCAGAAGAAAACUUAGUGGGGUUGCAGGGUUGUUUUGUGGCCUGGUACAGCUGGACACCAUGGGAUCCUUCAGCAUGAGCAAAGGAGGGAGCACAAAGCUGAAAAAGCCAUGGUGCAAACACAUUUUUAUCCUUGUUGAUGCAAAAAACCCAGCAAGAGACACCUUCAAAGAUGUACAGAUGGUUUUUUUAGUUUGUUUUUUUUUUUUUUUUUUUACUUUUAAACUGAUCUGCUAAAUAAUAUAUUCUUCUACAGAAA